AUGUCACUUCUCAUACUGCCGAUAGAAUUACUGCGGCUAAUAGCUACGUUCCUCAAGACAGAAAAAGAUCUUAAUUCUUUAUGUCAAACCAAUACUUGGCUCUAUUCUGUCCUAAACCGAUUCUUAUAUCAACAGAACAUAAGGAUUUCAGGAGAAUCUGCGCUGAUUUGGGCAGCUAAAUUUGGAAAAGUGGUCACAGCUCAAAUACUUAUUCAAGAAGGAGUUAACGUUGGGAUGCACGAUACGAAUGGCAUGUCUCCACUGCUAUAUGCUGCAGCAUAUGGACACUUGGCAGUGGCGGAACUACUGGUACAGGAAGGGGCUGAACUGGAGUCAAAAAACUGGCAGAGCCAGACACCGUUGUCAAGCUCUGCGGCACAUGGACAUGAAGCAGUGGUGAAGCUACUGUUAGAGAAGGGAGCUAACCCAGUCUAUAAAAAUCGGCAUGUGAAGUUGCUAGUUGAGAAGGGGGUCAGCCUUGAAACUAAGGACCGGAAUGGCUGCACCCCGCUAUUAUUGGCUGCAGUGAAUCAGCAUGCAGCAGUGGUGAAACUCCUGAUCGAGAAAGGGGUUAACACAAAAUACAAGGAUGGCCAGGGUCGGGAUCUCCUCUUAUGGACUGUAAUGCACGGUUACGAGGGCGUGGUGAAGGUGCUGAUCGAAAAAGGGGCCUAUCUUGAGUUGAAGGACCAAAAUGGCCCGACACCAAUAUCAUUGGCUGCGAGGCAUGGGCAUACGGCAGUAGUCGGCAUACUAACUGAACACGGGGCGAAUCUGAAAAACGGGGACUGGUAUGGCAAAUUGCCACUAUCAUGGACUGCAACAUAUGGCCAUGAGGGAGUGGUAAACUUGUUGAUCAAGAGGGGAGCUAAUCUGAGUUCUAAGGAUGGGGAUGGCCGAGCACCGUUGUCAUAUGCUGCAGCGCAUGGACACAUAGAGGUGGUUUGCUACUAG